ACAGCGUGAGGUGGUCAAGAUGGCGGCCGGGGCGCUGCUGCGGGGGAGCGGGGCCCGCCUCCGCCUUGGCCCGUUCCCUGCGCAGGGGGGCCGUUCCCGCCUUUUUUUCCUCAGGUGCCUUGUCUCGUCGAAUAACCGAUCUGGGGAAGACAGCUGGUUGAAAUCGCUGUUUGUUCGCAAAGUUGAUCCCAGAAAAGAUGCUCACUCCAAUCUCUUAGCCAAAAGAGAGACCAGCAGUCUUUAUAAAAUUCAAUUUCACAAUGUCAAACCGGAAUACCUAGAAUCCUACAACAAGAUUUGCCAAGAGGUGCUGCCAAAGAUCCACGAAGGGAAGGAUUAUCCAUGUACACUGGUGGGGACGUGGAACACGUGGUACGGAGAGCAAGACCAAGCCGUCCAUCUCUGGCGGUACGAGGGAGGCUACCCAGCCCUUACGGAGGUCAUGAGUAAGCUUCGAUAUGACAAGGAGUUCAUGGAGUUUCGCAAGGAGAGGGGAAACAUGCUUCUCUCCCGCAAGAACCAGCUGCUGUUGGAAUUCAGUUUUUGGAAUGAACCUGUUUCCCGAGCAGGGCCCAAUAUCUACGAACUACGGUCUUACCAACUUCGUCCUGGAACAAUGAUUGAGUGGGGCAACUACUGGGCCCGUGCCAUUCGCUUCCGGCAGGAUGACAAAGAAGCGGUUGGUGGCUUUUUCUCACAGAUCGGGCAGCUGUACAUGGUUCAUCACCUCUGGGCUUACAAAGAUCUCCAGACGAGAGAAGACAUACGGAACUCUGCGUGGCACAAGCCUGGGUGGGACGAGCUAGUGUACUAUACAGUGCCCCUUAUUCAGGAAAUGGAAUCCAGAAUCAUGAUACCAUUGAAGAUUUCUCCGCUUCAGUAAAGCCACUGACUGACCGAUGCCUAUGGGGAGAUUUGAAUCGACAAGCGUUGACGUCUUUUAGUUAAUUUGAUCAUACGUGUGCAGCAAUGGAAUCCUUGGCUUCUGAAAGUACUGUAUACUGGUGGGGGCUUACGAACGAGACCACAUUUUUUCCUCAGGCCCUGCAGGAGCACUUAACAAAUUGCGUUUGGGGGAAGAAUUGCGGGGUCCUCGUUUCAGUCUUGGUGGCCAACCCUCAGUGAAACACAGCCAAGCAAUUGGAGAGCCGGCAGGUGCUGAUGGAAACGCACAAGCUUCAGUGGUAGUUGCACGAGCUUUAAACUCUUGAAUGAUGCUGUAUUUGAUUAUGGGGGGAUGUGUCAUGGGGACUUGCAUGCGUUCUUUUCCCCCCGCCAUAGUUCUCAUGGCUUGUCAAGCCUACAGGACCUUCCUAGGGAGCCACACGCAGCGGCUAAGAAAAGCACUUCUCCUCCUUCCCCACUUAGAACUGUACAGAGUACAAGUGGAACCCUUGUUUUACUCUUUCUGAGGAACCUUCUGCACUCUUGGGCCCCUCCAGAUAACUCCCACCAUUCCCAGCAGCAUGGGCCAUGUUGGCUGGAAAUGAUGGGAAUGGCAUCCCAUGCCAUCCAGGGAGCACCAGGCUGGGGAAGUCUGUUUUAAAGCCUCUGAUUCUCUUCCCAUUUUCCACUGACCUGCUUGGAAAAGUUUUGUUUCGGCCCAACCAGUUUUGUCUUAACCAUCAGUUAAACCAAUCGGGUAGCAUUUUUUUUCCUGAAUCGUGCCACUUCAGCGGGCUGUGUGAGGGGGAGGAAUUGUAAAUUUUAAUGUGCCGCUACAGGAGUGCAGGUUGAAAUCCCUGUAUGUAGACUCCACGCGUGUCAGGGAAAUGCCAGUCUAAACCCAUUAUUAGGAGAAGCACCGCCUCCCUGCACUGGCAAUUCAAAGUGGGUCAGUCCAAGGAAAGCGGCACCUCUUGAUUCUGCUAAAAAGAUAACCUGGCCAUUUUUGAAUUUGGAGAGGUUGUCAUUGCAGUAUGUGUUGCCGUUCUCCGUUUGAUUGAUCAGCCCUAGAAACAUGACUUCUUAAUUUGAGUGAUCUGGCAGGCAUUCUUUUAUCUGUUCCCAUGAACACGUGCCCUCUCAAAAAUGCUUGUUUUCAGCUGUUGGUCACUGCUUUUCCUAACAAAAAAAGCAAGAUCUGGGCUCCCCUCGUAGGAAGCGUGGCCUGAUCCUGCAUUGGGAGAUGGUGAACCUGAUAUUUCCAAGAGCCAGAGAUGACAAAAGUAGCGUGUUGUGAGCCUAGACGGGAUUUCAUAAUGCAGAAAUGAAAAAUCCAGGGUUCAGUCUUCAUGGACUUGUACAGCUUGCUCCUGUGCAUCUUUACUCAGCGGCAAGUCCCAUUGUGGUUAACGGGUCUUUCUCCCAAGAAAGGGUGCACAGAAGGGAGGAAUGUGUGUCAGGAGGCCCCUCCCGUGGUCCCCUUCUCCUCCCUGUCAUGUUUCUUCAGCACCUCCCAUUCCCAAGCCAAUAUUCUGGAAUGGUGGGAAGGGGGAGUUGCAGAGAGGAACACACACACCCCUUGCUUCUCCCUUGCAAAUCCCCCAUUCCCAACCCUGCUUUCCUUCUGGAGCAGAAACAGCAGUAAGCAGUUCCCCAGCGUGUAUCAGAGGAGGUUGAGACCGGAGGUGGGUGGUUGCUUGUGCCAAGUUUGAGAACUCCCCAGCCUAUAGAAUUAAGAAGUGUUGGUGUCAUGAACGUGUUCAAAGCACUCCUGGAGUACACCGUGAAGCCCUUACGCGGGAGGAAAGGGGUUUGCGUUUAAUAAGCAUUCAUGAUUUCAGCCAUUGGUGUGAUUUGUCUAACAUAACCGCAGAAGGUAAUUCUGAAAAGAUGAAGCAUAUUCAAUCGCUUAGGACUGGCACAAAUCACUGUGUCUCUCGUGUCCACUUUUUUUGUUUUUGAUUUCACUCCAGAAUAGAAGGGUUUUAUUUUUUGUAUGUGUCUGCAAUGUUGUGAACAUCCUGUAUGUCAAAACGAUUAUCCUGUUAGCUAAUAAAUCAGUGCAAUACACUGUAUGUCCAAUUACCUAUGAAACAUCCAAUUUGUACAUUUCAGUGAGUUUUCAGGCAAAAUGUGUCAAUAAAAUCCUAUUGAUUUUCUCA